UGUGCAGCGUGCAGCUGCGUACCUUUUGCACUUAAAAUAAAAUAAGCGUUGAUAAAUCAUGCAAUUCGACGUUGGGAGGGAGAGGGAGAGAAGAAAACUAGAAGUACGAAGAUUCAAUUGCAAAGGACCUACAUCCUUCCUUCAUUUCGUCCUCUGUUGCUCCUCCAACGUCUGAGCGUAAAUUGUGAAAAGAGCUGUCUCGUCGCGGGUGCAGAACAGAGAAGGUACAACCAGGUACAACGUCGUGCAGCUGGAAGGAACAGGGGAGAACAGAUCGAGCAGGUUUAAGUUGGUCAAUGAUGACUUCGUUCGGCCGAGGUCGCGGAUGGUCCAACCACCAGAGCCAGGACAGAGACCAGGGUCUACGUAGGCCAGGAGGAGGAGGAGGUGGAGGCGCGUUCGGCAGCAACAAGGUGCUGAAAGACAUAGUGGACAAACUGGUCUCCCAUGACGAGCGCGAGGGCCUCCCGCCGCAACUGAUCCAGGAGAUCGUGGACCUGUUGACCGUCGCGGUCAACGAGGACAAUCUGAGGCACGUGUGCGACUCGCUGUGGAAGCAGGCGAUAUACCACUCGCUGACCACAAAGUUGGCGAUGGUGUUCAGCGACAACAGGGUCGCUCUGUUAGAGGAUAAUAACAAAAACAGCAUACGAAGCCGCUUCUUACGUUUUCUACAGGAUAAUUAUAUGUCUAAGGAAAAAGACAGAGCAGAGGAUAGAAAGAUAUUUGCCAACAAAAUCUUACUUCACGCAGAAGUCUACUAUCACAUGAGACUGAACGAUGGAAACAGAUUAAAAAUAUUGGCCGAGCCAUUAAUUCAAUAUUUGGAAGAUCUGUUGCAAGACAAUCCUAAGGAUAAUAUUUAUUUUAUCAUGAUACAGCUUCUUAGAUCUGGUAAGGAUCUUUUCGCGGCGUGCCCGGGAGGAUUAGAGAGCUUAAUAAUGACAAUCAGGCAACUGCUGGUGAAGGAAAACCUGCACAAUCCUGAAAAUUAUGCAGCUUUAUUGCUGGUGAUAGAACUAGCCAAUAACGACUAUGAAAUUAAGGACACUCGGGUGAAACAUUUUUAUUUCUCAAAUAUCAAGUCCCUCUCUUUCGAACACCCGUUCACUCACGAAGAAUUAAAGGUGAUAGCAACAAAGACUGAAAAUGAUAAUAAAUUACAGGAAGUAGAUAACAGCCAACGAAUUGUAAGAGAAGACGCGAAGAAUGAUGUAUCUGGGCAAGGCAAUUAUUCAAAGAAUUCUAUUCCAAGAGCGAUACGCGGUUCGGGUGCGUCAGACAAACCAAAAAAAGGAACUAAUACGAAAUCAAAUUCACUGAGAACGACACCGCCGAGGGAAAGGAACAAGGCUUGGGGUCACGACGAUAGGUUUCACGAGCAUUACGAAUGAAUAUCUUGUACAAGUUCAUUGUCGGUCUGCUGACGCACAGAAUAAAUGAAGUUACAAAAGAGAUUUUAAGAAAGAUCAUGGAUACUAUGGAUGUAUGUAUACGCGACGGUAUACGUGACGUAUAUUGUCGUGGUUGCGAUCAGUGUGAGCAAAACCAUAUUGGAUUCCUUUUUUUCGACAGAGGAAGAGAAGAGAACAGUUCCAUUUUGUCCUAUUUCGACAUCGAAAAUUUAACGGAAUGUGAUAUGCUCUGAUAUUAUCGUGCUUUUAUCUUACGCUCAGGCAAAAUUUCCAAGUGCCAUGCGUUUUAUGUGAGCCCAUCCCUUGGAAGAUCAGAAUAUACAAGUUUUGUAAGCAGUUUAUUUAUGAACAUAUAUCGUGUCAUUGGGACAUUAAACAAUCUUCUCUCUCCUAUGAUUCGCAAGGUAGUUUAUUGUGGAGUAAGAAAUAAAUGAUAUUACUUUUUUUUUAUUCUUAUUGUCUGAAUAAUUUUUGUUAUAGCGGCAUCAUGAAAUUUUAGAAGCGUCGACGUGAUUUUAACUUUUUUUUUUUUUUACAAUUAUAUUAAUCUCUCAGAAUAGAAGUACAUCUCUUUCGCCCAUCGGAACAUUAUUCAAGAUUAUAUCUCACGAUUUACUAUGAACAAACGACAUCACAGAAUAAUGCUAUAUAAUGUAUGUAUUAAGUAUGCAAAUAAAGUAAAAUUGCAAUUCUAUUA